CGUGAGGGCUCUUACAGUAGUUAUCAUAACUCUGCUCAAGAAGCAGAAGGUCAGCUAGUAGUUGACGGUCCUGAGGAUCUUCGGCGUGACGAGGGCGUUGUUGGCGAUGAAGACGACGAGCAGAAUGAAGUCGAUGAAGUCCCACAACAUCCAACAUCUUCUACAAGUAGUGUCGCAGCGACAACGAGCACAACAGUCUAUGACAUUCCGAACGACAAUGCCAAGAACGUUUUCUCACGCGGACCCGAUAAGUGGUUUCUGUACGCACAAGGAGUGCACGACCUCGAUGUAGCACUACUAGUGGAGGACGAUGAGAAGUGGCCACUGGUCAUCGAGGAGAUCGGCAAGGCGGCUAGAUCAUGGGGAUUCGCGAUCUGUGGCUUCUUACGCGGGUAUGUUCACUAUGAGAAGGCAAUGAAGAUGCGUCGCAGUUUCUUAAUAGCUUGUUUCUUUUUCCUUUUCCUUUAAUAGAACAAGAAGAACAAAGUACUUCUACACCUAGAAGACCUAGCUGCAGGUAUGCGAGUAUACGACAGAGAUAUGCUGUGAAGAUUCAAGAUUCUGGGUAUAUCAUCAUCAUCAUCAUCAUCAUCAAGAACAAGGAUGCUACUAGAAGCAGUAGAAGCACCCACGGAGAUGAAGGCUAGUAGAUACAUUGAUAUCGGUGUAUGGUUUUGACUCUAAACAAAUCACGCUUUUUUCUGCCGAACACAAGAAGUUGAACUUGAGGUGGAGCCACGAUGUGGGUUGAGCUUUGAGUUGGAUGUUUUACGUGUGUCCGGGUCAGAAAUGGUGCGCCUGCUUUUAGGAAAUAACAACAAUAACUCGGACCACGACCCCGACGGACGAUCAAGUGUAAGUGAACAAGACGAAAGCAUACCCAUAGCUGCGAGAACAGCACCAACAAGCCCAGGUCCUCUACUAGCAUCGGUAAAUCCGGGCGCAGUCGUUCCAUGUGCACUGGGACCGCUGGAGCUUCCUUGCCCGAAGCAGGGGAAUGAAUUCCUGCACCUCACCCUUGCGCCCUCAAAGUGGUACGAGAAUGCCACUGAAAAGCGCCGCCGUGGAUUAGCCUGUUUUGCGCUUCCACCUUGGAUUGAACAGAGUGAAGCAAGUACGACUUGCGAUGCUGAGCCAGGCCUGCAGGCGGAUGAAGGAGAAGGAGACAACAAUAACUUGGCAUUGGCAACAAAUCUAACGCACAAGAACAAGAAGAGGCACAACCAAGACGAACAAAAGUGCAGUCAUCAAAAUCAACAAAAUCGUCGAAUCAUGCCUGAAGUCGUGGAGGAAAUUUUUGAGGUAUCACUCCAGAUCCAGAGUGCUGGGUAUGCAAGUGUGGCCGAUCUCUUUGGACAGUGUGAAAGUCAUCCGAUGGUCCACUUGGCAAGACAACUCGCAGAUGGCGUGCGUGCUGCGAGCAGGACCAGGUAG